CGGCGUCCCUCGCUUGAACUUCUUAAAAUAAACACAGCAGUUUUCGACAAUCGCUAGACUUUUCGGGGGUUUGCAGGCUCGAAACGCAAAGGAGAUACGGAGCAGCGGUAACCGAAAUAAAAGGGGAAAGUGGAGGAAAGUGACGGCAAGUGACGGCAAGUGACGGGGCCGGCCGAUCGUAACUGAUCGUAACUGACCGUAAAACUGACCGUAACUGCGUAGCGUGACGCGCGCAACUCCGCUCUCUAAACCCGCUCGCCGUUGUUCGCCGUGUCCGGAGACAUCUGGAAAUACCGAUCAACACCGAUCGUGGGAAGUUGGGAACCAGUGAAAACGAAAAACUAGCUCUGGGAGGAAACGACACGGGAAGCUCGUCGGUGGUCGACGCGGAGCAACGAUUGACAUGUCAUGGUCAGCUGAGAGUCCUCUGCCCUCGGGAAACACGGGCCGAAUGAUGCUGACACUUUGAAGCCUCGCGUGGCCUUCGCUCGAACGCCCUCCAAAGAAGCCUGACAAAAUGGUCGAGCCUAUUUUUGAUUAUCAAUUCCGUCUGAUCUUAAUCGGCGACAGCACCGUGGGAAAGAGCUCACUCCUCAAAUACUUUACCGACGGCAAAUUCGCGGAGCUGUCGGAUCCAACGGUUGGAGUGGAUUUUUUUGCUCGGCUCAUCGAAGUUAAAGAUGGUACUAGAAUUAAAUUACAGCUGUGGGACACGGCAGGGCAGGAAAGGUUUAGAUCGAUUACAAAAUCUUACUACAGAAACUCGGUCGGAGCCCUGCUCGUGUAUGACGUAUGUAAUAGAGCAAGUUUCGAGCACAUCCCUCAAUGGAUGAUGGAAGCGCGGAGACACAUUGAACCACACCGGCCUGUAUUUGCCCUGGUUGGCUGCAAAUUAGACUUGGCAACAAAUGGUGGCAAAAGAGAAGUCUCCAAGGAAGAAGCGAGAGCAUUCGCUAACCAAAAUGGCGUGCAUCAUGUCGAAACUAGCGCGAAAAUUGGUGUAAAUGUCGAGGAGGCAUUUAAAGCGGUUACACAGGAAGUAUAUAAUAGAAUACAGACUGGAGAAUAUAAGAUCGAGGAUGGUUGGGAUGGCAUAAAAACUGGAUUUGGACGAGCUGGAGAUUUAGAUUUCAAUCUAGUCGAAGCAGAGCCCGCAAAAGCUUCUUGUUGCUAAGUCAAUUUAAAAUUACUCUUACUUGCCGAAAAUAACAAAAUGCAUUAUGAGUGUGGUAAAACAUGUUCACUGCUCCAGAAAAAGCAUGGUUCUUGCAUUAAUUCAUUACGAAUCGUUCAUGAAAUGAUUUUUACUACAUUUACUUAUAACGUUGCAGGAUGCAAGUAUCACUGGAAAAUGUGAAAUUUGCAAUAUCAGCUCCAAGCAUCCACGUAGGUUGCAUUACACCAGUUUUUACCACAUUCUUAAUGCAAUAGUGAGAUACUAAUCGUCAUCAUCGAAAAUCGUGUAUAGACCUAGAUGAGGAUUUUUUUUGUAUAUAGUUUGUACAAAUGACGUGUUAAAUAAAAUUAUUAUUAAAGGAACAUAGAUUAGGUUAGAAAUGUUUUCUAUAUUUCUUAAAAAGGAAGAUUUAAAAAUAACGUGAAAAUAUCUAUACUCGUUAACUUUCUCUAGUAAGGUAUGAUCAGCUCACCGUUAAUUAAAUGACUGUUAAUAAAAUGAAGUAAGAGGGUUUUAAGGCCAUAUCCUUUACUUAGGCGUGACUAAAAGAUUAACAUUUCUAAGCGCAGACCGCGCAAUGCCAAAAGCAGCUCUUGAUAUUGUGUCAAUUAUUUGCUCGUAUAUAUUUAUGUAAUUUCUUUAUAAUACCGCAUAAACCCGUAUUAGAAUAAUGUGGUGGUCGGCAACAACUUUUAUACAAUGACAAUUUCGUGAAAAACCUUUUUCGGUAGAAUUUAACGAAUCGUAGAGUGCAAUAUCAUUUCAUCUAAACCGUAUCGCGAGUACAUACCAUAAUGACCGAAGUUAAUCGACACGUUGCUCGAGCUACGGUCUAAAUUGUAGUAAACAUUUGACACGGAUUCUGUUAACGUUACUGCACUACGUGUAUUCAUUGAAUUCCCAAUCAUUCGAAUUCAUCUUUUUUUUUUUUUUCUUUCUCCCUUGCAAACACUUAUAAAAUACAGAUGACAAGAGCGAGUCUAUCGUUAUCUGCUUUUGUAUAAAGACUAGAAGGAACACUUAUGUGUAUGUAUAUAAUAAAUGCUAACGAUACGAGGAGUGUAAUGUUUGAAAAAGAUUUAUUCACAAAAUAUACAACCUCAUAAAUAGAAAACAAUUCAUACAUAUGUAUGCAGUGUUUGUGUAUGCAUAUGCAAAUAUAUCUGUAAUUGUAGUUUGAUGUAUCUUGGAAAUAAAUUACUUAACAACUAAA